AUCUAGUGUAUGCUGUCUAUGAACGAGAGUGUCUCGAUCUAUCUAUUAAUUUUGUGGAUAAGCUUCGGGAAUGUUUCCAACUGAAAGUUGUCGUCAUCGUCAUUUCCUAAGCCUUCAAAGAAAUUCCUCUCAACUCCGGUGUCAAAGUUUGUAGUGCACAUCUCUUUGCUGUCGGCGCUGUAGAUGUGGUUGCACGUUGGAAAGUCGCUUCUCUCGAAGGCCAGAGCCGGUUCCUUACACUGGUAGCUGCCACAGCCCUGAGCGAUGUCGAGGAAUCGGCACACGUAGGUUCCGCCAUCGUGGUUGCCGUAUGGAGAUCCCUCGCAGGUGACGCUCCCGUGGUCGCCGACGUCUAUUUCGAAGCCCUCCCCGCGCCCGGAUCCGAAGCAGGAGAAAUCUCCGGAGCACACCACGUCGAUGUUCUUGCCAUAGGCKGCCUCGAUGAACGCAUCGUGCCCUCCGCAGGUUGGUGUGUAGUACCCAUCUGGGUGGGGGAUCCCCUGGCAGAAGACCCUGGACUCGACUUCAUCGAAUUGUGCUCCGUAACAAGACUUGGGGCCGGUGCAAAAGACCUCGUCGACCUUGUAGGCCGAUAGGUAGGCGCACGUGGAAUGCCCGGAGUGGCAAUCGAGCGUGGUCACCAGACUGUCCUUGUCUCCGACGAUUGCGUUUAUGCAGGCCCGGUCACCGGCGCAAUCGAUGGAGGGUGCGUCGAGGUUGGCGUUCGCACAGGACUCGAAGCCCUCGCACUCGAUGCGAUCGGCCCCCCGGAUUUUGGUGUCGAAACAGGAUUCCUUUCCGAGGCACUUGACGACGCUGCACCCCUUGAAGUACAUAUUGGAGCAGCCCAAUUGGUGUUUUGCGUCCAGGUUUCGAUCCUGGAUGCAGGUAACGGUGUUGGUCUCUUGGUCGAAGAGCAUGUUCCAGUAGAAGGCGCCCUCUGUCUCCAUUACCCUCUGCAGGUAGUCUCCGGCGGGGUAAAGGUCGUCGCCAUAGGUUCCCAUCAUGCACGUGCUGCUCAGCAAAGUAGUGCUCGUAGUCUGGUAGCUAUCGAGGCUGGGACUUUCUGCUGGACUGUAGUAGGGAUCCAGGACACCUGUAUCGGCUUCGUCGUCAUCGAAAUGAUCGACGUCAUUUUCGUAUGUGUGGGUGGUGUAGCUGCUAUUUCGGAGCAAGUGGUGCGUCUCUUGCUCGUCCUUCUCAAGAACGGCCUUCCUUAUUGCCUCGUAGUAGAAUUCUCGUUGCUGAUCUCUUUGUGGGUUAUCUUGUUGGUUGCGUAGCCGUUGGUGAGAUAUUAUGGACGUCGUGGGAUCAUGCCCAUGUUUCAGCGGCGCUGCUUUCAAACCGGCUCCGAUGCGAGCCGAGACGAGGCUACCACCGAGGGUAGAUAUCGAUGCGGCGGCAAGGAAUUGUUUCGUUGCUUGGUUUCCCGAUAGCUUCAUUGCAACAAAUAAUUAGUAGUAGUUUUG